CACAUGAAAAAUGAUGAAAACAUGCCCUAAAAUAUCAGUCAUGAUUUAAUUAUUAAAAAGUGGAGAGAUAAAGAAAAUUAAUCAUUCAAUCGCGAUUCAACUAAAUAUAGUUCUAUUAAUUCUGUUAUUGAAAAAUCAUAGUCAUUCUAAAAUCUUAAAUUAUCAAAUGGAUAAUAUUGGGGAUAAUUGAAAAUGAAUAAACCUAAUGGAAUUGGAUCAUGUCAUUUUAAUAAUGGGAGUUUUUAUUAUGGAGAAUGGAAAAAUAAUGUUAUUCAUGGAUUUGGAGUCUACUACUUUAAUGUUGGAGGUUAUAUUAAAGGAGAAUUUAAGGAGGGAUAUGCUGAUGGUAAUUGUGAGUUGUCAUAUCAAAAUGGAUAAGUCUAUUAAGGACAUUUUAAAGAAGGCAAAUAAUGUGGGAUUGGUAUUAAAAUUGGUAGAAGAGGAAAAGAAGUUGUCUAAUAUAAGGAUGGUAUACGAGUUUGUUUGAAUGAAGAACCUUAAUUAAUAGAGGAUAUUUAAAUAAUGUUGAAGAAUCAUUUACCAUAAAUUUAUAUUCAUAACGAUAGAAUUGUUUAUGGAUUGCAAUGUGAUUUAACAGGUUUGGGUAUAAUUUAGUAUAAUAAUGGAAGAGUAGAUAUGGGAUAGUUUCAAAAUGGAUCGCUUAAUGGGAGAGGUAAAAUAAUAUUCAAGAGUGGAGAUAUAUAUGAUGGUUUAUUGAAAAAUGGAAUAUUUUAAGGUUAAGGUAAUUAUUAAUUAUUAAACUUAAGGUUUUUAUUUAAAUUACAAUUCAAAAUAAUUGACAGAAGGACAAUUUGAAAGAAAUUAAAUUCUAACAAUUCAAAAAUAAUCCCAUCAGUAUCCUCCAUACACAAAUGAUGAAAUCUCAAUUGUUGAUUAACGAAUUGUCAUAAAGAAUAUCCAUUUAAAAAGUAGAAUUAUGAUGGCAAACAGUUAAUAGUAUUCUUCUGAAAAGAAACCAAAUAAGGUUAAUAAGAUAUAAAAUUUAAUUUAACAUAUGCUUUACCCAAUAAAAAAAACAUAAAAAAGUGAAAGUGGGUAACAUGAAGAAGUUAUAGAUAAUCUUCUGUCUCGUGUUCAAUCACCAUAAUAAAGAAAGAAUCUAGAAUAAAUAAUUAGUUAAGUAACAUCUCCUUAAAGAAUUAGAUGA